GACAGGGUAGGAAAGAUGGUGUCGUACUUCCUGCUAGCUGCAGUCUUCGUCUAUGGCUAUCACGAAUCAACAGCGCAGAGCUUUCCCGUCCGCCUAACAAAUGGUCAAAACAACACUGGUCGGGUGGAAGUCUACCAUGACGGGCAAUGGGGCGGGGUCUGUGGCAUUUCGUGGGACUACAGGGAUGCUACGGUUGUUUGCAGGAUGUUUGGAUACACGAAAGGGACUGCAGUUAAACGAUAUGCCACACAGGAUUCUGCCUGGUAUGAAUGGUUUGGGAAUCAGACGGAACCGAGCCUUGUAUGGAUGAAUGGUGCACAGUGUAACGGCACAGAAAACAGUCUUUUAGAGUGCCCGUUUGGAGGAUUCGGCAACACUACCUGUCCUCAGUACUACGGCAGGGCCUAUGUUUUCUGUUAUGAUGAAGAUGGCAGCGACGUAGAAGUUCGGUUAGUGGGCGGUACAUAUGACGCCAGUGGACAUGUUGAGGUCCAUUACAGUAGUUACUGGGGAAGUGUAGCCUGGGACGGCUUUUACAGCAGCGAGGCUGAAGUUGUAUGCAGGAUGCUUGGAUACAGCCAUGGGAUAUCCUAUGGGGGUUCAACGAUAUCUUUCACUAAACUACCAAUAUGGAUGGACUACCUUGAUUGCAAUGGUAACGAGACAAAUAUCGCAAACUGUACCUUCGGGGGAUGGGGACAAAUAACAUCUUCUUUGGGGAUAGCAACUGCCCUUUGUUAUAACGAAUUAUUGGCCACUGACGAGCAGCAAGGAGUUCGCCUUAGGGAUGGCGUGUCGAAUUCCAUUGGGGCUGUAGAGAUUAUGUACGGCGGGGAGUGGAUGAUGGUGUGUGGGGAAAACUGGGGCAGUACUGAAGCCAAUAUUGUUUGUCAGAUGCUUGGAUACAGGAACGGAAGUGAACAAAUUUAUGCACGCUUCCCAUGGGAUUCUGUAGAGGACAUUAUACCGAAAGUACAUAUAAGCUGUACAGGAACGGAAUCGAGUAUCUACGAGUGUACAUUUAGCGACGUUCAAUCUUAUUGCAACUACCAGUAUGGCAGAGGCGGAGUUAACUGCUCGGAACCUAUAGCAUUGGCGGACAGCUCAGUUUCGCCUAUGACUCCGACAACAGAAACACCUUUCGCUUUACGCCUAGAAAACGGGCUGUACAACAACAGUGGCCGACUCGGAGUGUACCACAAUGGCCAAUGGGGCGGAGUCUGUGAAUAUGGAUGGAAUUACAACGAUGCAAAUGUUGCUUGCAGAAUGCUUGGAUAUACUAACGGGACUAUAACUAGUCAGCGUUAUACACUUGAUUCCGUCUGGUAUGAAUGGUUUGGUAAUGAGACUGACCCAGGCCUUAUAUGGAUGGGAAAUGUACAGUGUAUUGGUACGGAGACCAGCCUGGCAGACUGUCCGUUUGACGGAUGGGGAGUUAGCAACUGUUUUAAUUACAAGCAGCCUGCAUAUGUUUUCUGUUACAACGAAGAUACCUCACCAAUGGAAGUUCGAAUAGUGAACGGCAAAUCAGAUGGAUAUGGCCAUAUCGAAGUACAUUAUAGUAGUAUUUGGGGAGGUGUACCAUAUGACGGCUUUUACGGCAACGAGGCUGAAGUUGUAUGUAGGACGCUUGGUUACAGACACGGGAUUUCAUACGGCGGUUCAGAAAUAAAAUACAGCACAAUUCCACGAUGGAUGAAAAGACGGUGUACAGGCACAGAAACAAAUUUUGCCGACUGUCCAAUCGACGGCAGGGACCAGAUAUCGUAUGAUUUAGGCAUAGCUACUGCCCUUUGCUACAAUAAUACGCAAGGUUUGAACGAACAAGAAUCUCUGCACCUGGUCGACGUUGAUGUCAGAUCAUCUGGUGCCGUUGAGGUUGUGUAUGGAGACCAGCGUGUGACGGUGUGUGGUAGGAACUGGGGAGACACUGAAGCGAAAAUCGUAUGUCGGAUGCUUGGUUUCAGGAAUGGAACCGCUAAAUACUUCCAAAGAUACCAGUGGGAAUCACCAGAAGAUUUGACGUUGAAGAUACGUAUAAACUGUUCAGGGACAGAAUCGAGCAUCUAUGAAUGUACAUUCAGUAAUGUUUCUUCCUACUGUGACUACCGGUUUGGAAGAGGGGGUGUUUCCUGCUCGGAACCCAUAGGUAACUUAACAUAUAUCUGCAUCUUCCUACAUCUAGGUAUCAUUGUUAUAUCAUUUUAAACACUUACUACAGAACAUGAAAGCUUCUCCUGUUAAAAUCACAUUAACUUUGACUAUGGAAAAGCAAAAUAAAGCAAUAUUUACAAUUUUAACCUGACCUUGUCAGAGGAUGAUGGUUUUAACGUGCUGAAUUUUUAGCAAUAUAUCAAUGUUUCGCUAGAGUACUAUAUAUGUUCUCAUUUUAUUUCCUUUUUGUGCCAUAUACAUUUUAGUUUUGACAGGUCGAGAAACAUAUGGAUGACAUCCUGUUUUGGAUUUCCACUGUUAACAUUUCCUGGACACUUUUUUUUUUUUUUUUGACGGCCGAAGCAAUUUAACGUCAACAUGAAACAAGGAAACAAACAUCGACCUAAUUACAACAUGUCUGUGAUAUCUGAUGAGACAACAAUCUAAUUAAUAUUUUUCUUUUGCCGCAAAUCUGACAAUAUAAACAUGACGAUGACUGUAUAUGGUAUGUAACAGAUACACAUCAAUAUUUACAUUCUGACCGUAAAAACCAUGAACACAUCC